AUGGCAAUACCUGAGUGCACUGCGUCUUGCAUCGACGCGCUGUGCGAGUCGCUCAGCGACGAAGACUGCAUCUGUCCAACGAGAACAUCCGCCGGGAUACCAUGGCGGGAAGACCUCGCCGAGUGUAUAUCCGAGAAUUGUAAAUCGAUGGAUUUCUUCACAUCCGCCGGCAUGACCUACAAUGCUUGCGGUAUCCCCAACACGGUGGAGCCCAGCAACAUGCGUCCACUAGUUUACAUCCCUUUCGCCGUGCAGCUAUGCUUCUUUGUAUUGCGAAUUGGAUCAAUAUGGAAACGGCAGAAACAGCCUUGGGGCUUAGAUGAUAUCACAUUCUAUUUAUCCUCGGCCUUGCUUCUUGUGUGGUUUCCGACGUUGAUACUCGAGAAUCAUUUUGGCUACUCCCGUAACCUUUGGACGCUGCAAAUAUGGAACAUCGACAACUUCACCAAGGCGUUCUUCGCAUUCUCACUCGUAUACGCCGUGGCCCACGUCAUGAUCAAGAUCUCAAUUGUCUUCCUAUACCUGAGAAUCUUCCGAACCCAGGCCGUCAAUGUUGCGGUCGCGAUCAUCUUCAUUGUUGGUUUGUUCAUCGUCUGCCAGCCGCUCCCAUUCUACUGGGCAUAUGCAGAUGAUACACAAGGCACGUGUCAUGACUAUAUCGAUGAGUCGGGCGUGUAUCCGGGCCUCAAUAUGUUCUUGGACGUUUGGAUGAUCGUCUUGCCUGCUUCACAGUUAUGGAGGCUGAAGAUCACCAGGAAAGCGAAGAUUGGAAUCAUGGCCAUGAUCUGUCUCGGACUCGUGUAA